AUGAGUGCCAUUAUCACCUACUCAAACGGCCAUCCAGUUAUUCUAGGAUCCAGAUCGAUUCUGCCCCGGCAGAACAUCACAACACCCCUCGGCAUCAACGCCAAUGAUCUCGACCUCGGCGACAUAUCCCCCAUUGAGGAUGGAUGGUUAGAACUCGACAGCGACGACGGAGAUGGGAAUCACUUGGGUUCCAGUUCCGUAUCAGAUGCGAAUGGGUAUUUGGGUUCGGUUGGAUCGGGGCAAGCAAGUCAGAAUGCGAACUCGCUGGAAGGCAGUAGUGCUGCAUGCAGUUUGACCGGAUGUGCAACUUCCGCGGCAGCGAGCAAUGGCAACAGGACAAGUACUAGUUCGACCAGUACCGGGGGACUGAUCAAUGGACCAGUGAUCAAUGGCCCUAUUAUUAGCAAUAAGAAACAUUCACGGGGAUUCUCAAUCGGUUAG